AAUAGAUAUUUGCCCUUGUCGACAUCCACCUGCAGAACAUCCCCGAGAAACGGAGGAAAGGACACUCACCGCCUGCGCCAGAGUCAGAAUGGACAGUGUCACAACCGCACAACUGAGGGCAAACAUUCUGGGGGGUCAGCGCCCGGCCACUCUCAUUAUGAUCCUUUCCCCACAGUGGAGAGCUGUUACUGGAGAGACCUCCGACUGUCUGAAUUGAAUCGUGGAACUACGGGACAGCACAAUUUCUUCACUCAGAUGAGGUUUGCGGGGAAUGGCAGUGAACCAGGAUCUCAGCUCCCAGAUCGUCGAACGGACGCCGCUGCAUCCUAUUUCUAUACACUGCGCACAUGAAUGGCACUCAUGAAGUAACCGGGAGCACGCAGUUAUUCUGGGAGUGGCAGCCGAGGUUUCUUAAGAAACCAGAGGUGUAAAGAUUGUGAGAGACUGCAAAUCUCAGGAACCAAGAGAAUCGAAGAAAAGACGGCUGAUUUGAAUGGCGCUGACCGGAGCCAUCCACACAUCUUUUCUUCAGAUUAUCUCUGCCAGCACUCUUCGGUUACUUUUGGUAGAAUUCGUGUUAUUCUGGGGAGUUCACGGGGGGAUAACUGGCUACACUGGUCCCUGUGAUGGGAGAGAUUGUUCAGUCUGUCAAUGCUUCCCACCUAAAGGAUCACAGGGAGAGACAGGCCCAUUAGGAGAUCGUGGUCCACGAGGAUUUCCUGGGCAUGAAGGGCCAAAAGGACAAGCAGGAGAACAAGGACAGAGAGGAGAACGUGGACUGCCUGGACCUCCUGGAAUUAAAGGGGAUGUUGGCCCUAUGGGUGUUUAUGGCUUUCCAGGAUCCGAUGGUAUUCCGGGAUUGCCGGGACUCCAAGGUUCGAGAGGUCACCCUGGCUUAGAUGGCUGCAAUGGAUCUAGAGGAGAUCCUGGUUUUCCAGGAUAUGCAGGAUAUCCGGGAAGAACUGGACUGCCGGGACUUCCAGGUCCAAAAGGUCCAAAAGGCGAUUCCAUAAUUGCCACAUUCCAUAUGGGCCCACCGGGAGACCCAGGAUUCCAAGGAGAAAGUGGAGUACCUGGUUGUCAAGGGAACCCAGGUGAUCCAGGCAUUGCCGGACCAAGAGGACUACAAGGCCGACAUGGACCCCCAGGUAUAAAAGGAUCACGGGGUGAAAAGGGUAUUGUAUUUCCAGGACAAAAAGGUGAUAAGGGUGAACAAGGUGACCCUGGACAUGUUGAACUAAUCCAGCCUCCUGAGGAAAUUUUCUUUAAAGGAGAUCAGGGUGAGAAAGGCUUCAGAGGGCCUCCUGGGCCCCUUGGAUUUCCUGGACCUUCAUCUGUUCCUAGAGCAAAGGGUAUGAAGGGUGACAAAGGCUUCAUUGGCUUUCCAGGGGAAUUGGGUUAUUACGGGACGAAAGGCUUUCAAGGUGCUCCAGGGAGAAAGGGCGAGCGUGGACCGAGUGGUAGAUCUGGACCAGAUGGCAAUCCAGGGAUGGAGGGUGACAUGGGUGACCCAGGACCCCGUGGGCCACCAGCCUCCUUAACAGUCUGUGAAUGUCAAAAAGGGGAACCGGGCUUUCCAGGUCUUCCAGGUAUUAAUGGAGAACCAGGGUUUCGGGGCCCUCCUGGUCCCCCAGGGCGUCCAGGCAACUCGUUUGGACCAGGUUUUCAAGGCCCAAGAGGGCCUCCGGGUUUUCCGGGUCCCAAAGGAGUGCCAGGACAGAAAGGAAGAAACGCACAUCCAUCUGAUUUAAUCAUGGAUCCUCUCCGCCGACAAAAUCUCGGCAUUUCUCAGGACUACCCAAUGAUGUAUGGUCCUCCAGGCCCCCCAGGGAUGAUGGGUUCCCCUGGUUUCCAAGGUCCAAAAGGCAGUACAGGUUUUGCUUGUGGCUCACUGGGAGCACGAGGCCCGCCAGGUCCAGUUGGCAUGGAAGGGAUCCCGGGUCCAAAAGGAACAGUAGGUUUAAAAGGAGAUCCAGGAAAUUGUAGCUGCUGCCCUAAUUUCAUAGGACCUCCAGGAAAUCCAGGUAAUCCAGGCAUCCCAGGGAGUCCUGGAAUUUCUGGAAGAAAGGGAAUACGUGGUACCCCUGGACUGCCAGGAUUUGUCGGAUCGCCUGGACUUGCUGGAGCUCCAGGAUUGUCGGGGCCUUGUGGUGCAAAGGGCCAGAAAGGAGAGAACUCCAAAAAUGGAAGAAAAGGUGAGAAAGGAGAUCCUGGUGAUCCUGGAUCCGUAGGUGUGAGAGGGCGGCCAGGUUGUCCUGGUCAAGAUGGUGCUGUCGGAAUGAUGGGCAAGCCUGGACCUCCUGGCGACAAUGUAAAUGGAAUACCAGGACCCAAGGGGAAACCUGGCCUUCGAGGACAUCCAGGUUUCCCAGGACCACCAGGACCUGCAGGCACGGGUAUUCGCGGUUCAAAUGGUCAAGCUGGUCCUAUAGGAGAGGAGGGUUUUCUGGGACCUUCAGGAUCUACGGGACCUCCAGGACCUCCGGGAUCUAAAUGCCAAGAGGAUACUCCUGAUUGUCCUCAACUUACAGGGCCGCAGGGUCCAAAAGGAAUUCUGGGUCCUCAAGGCCGAGAGGGUUUUCAAGGACCACCUGGCAGCCACGGACCAAGGGGCUUUGAUGGGGUCAAAGGUUACAAAGGUGAACCUGGCCUGAUACCAACCACUACAAGACCAGGCGUUCAAGGACCCGACGGUAACCCAGGUCCUCCUGGACCCCCUGGACCCUGUGUGGAUGGAGUCCCAGGCUCUCCAGGAGUUCAAGGUCCUCCAGGAGAAGAAGGCCCACCUGGUGAUUCAACUGAAGGUCCUUUAGGACCCCCUGGACAAGUUGGACGGGAUGGCUCAAUGGGUGCGAGAGGAAGGCCUGGAGAUCCUGGAUCCCCAGGAACACGAGGACAACAUGGAGCCCCGGGAUUCCCAGGACUCAAAGGAGUCAAAGGCAAUAUGGGCCCGAGUGGGUUUCCAGGGGAACGUGGCCCACCGGGUGACCAGGUGAAUGGGGAGCCAGGUCCAGUUGGGCCUCCUGGCCAGCCCGGUACCAGUGGCCCUCAAGGUAUCUCUAUAAAAGGGUUUCGGGGAAAUCCAGGUUGCUUGGGACCCACACACAUGAAAGGUCCUCCAGGCACACCUGGCAAUCCAGGACCCCGAGGCCCAGUUGGUCAACAAGGUGACCCAGGUCCUGCAGGUAUCAAGGGAAGACCUGGAACUCUUGGUCCAGUAGGCUGCAAAGGUGACCAAGGCAUUGCGGGAUUUCCAGGAGUACCAGGUCCAUGGGGACAACCAGGCCCUUCUGGACCACAAGGACCAAAUGGAGACUGUGGAAUGAAUGGCCCAGAUGGAAAUAAAGGGUCUAUUGGAAUAAAAGGAGAAAUUGGGGAGCCAGGAGAUAUGUCAACGCCAAAUAUCAUUUACAUAAAAGGUGACCGUGGAUUUUCAGGCCCCUCCGGUGAACAUGGAUUUACAGGGCCAAGAGGAGACAAGGGAUUUCCUGGAAUUCCAGGGACCCCUGGACACCCUGGAAGGCCUGGCUUACCAGGCCCCAGGAAAGGCUUGUCUGGAAUUGUUGGACCAAUGGGUCCAGCUGGACGUCAGGGCUUAAUGGGAGAAAAAGGUGAAAUUGGUAUCAUUGGAUUUCCCGGAAUGAAGGGUGAGAAAGGUGAUAAUGGAGGAUGUGGGAUACCCGGAUUACCAGGGAAUCCUGGUUGUAAAGGUGCAAAAGGAGACAUAGGCGAAUCUAUUCUUAUGCCGCCAUCUCCUGGUACAAAGGGACAAUCUGGCGACCCUGGAGAUUCAGGUCCUGACGGCUCCCCUGGGCCGCCUGGCCCAUCUGGUCCAUGUGGAAGCCCGGGAACACCUGGUUCAAAAGGAAUACACGGAGCUUCAGGGGUACCUGGUUUCCCAGGUGAUCAAGGACCUCCAGGAGAUUCAGGAGCCCCAGGACCCCAAGGACCACCUGGAACUCCUGGACCACGAGGAUCUCCAUGUGCUCCUGGGCCUCCAGGACCCAAAGGUCAGCCUGGAUCACCAGGUUUAAAUGGUUUAAAUGGAUUACGAGGACAAAAAGGAAUACCUGGUCCUCCUGGACCCAGUGAACCAGGACCACCUGGAUUACCAGGACCAAUUGGACAUAAGGGUUCAAGGGGUGAUCACGGACCUCCUGGAGGACAGAAUCCAUGCUCAGAAGGCAAUCCAGGACCUCAAGGGCCAGCAGAGCUACGAAAGGAUCUUUUGGACUUUCUGAGAAACCGUCCCACUAUGCCUGUGAACAGAGAAGAUAUUUUGGAUUGA